AUGAGAUGUAAUAAGUUAUGUGGUGAUUUGUCUUCAGCCAAAGACAAAUCUGAUGCCAUCAGACGUCCCAAGACUGGUGGUGGACCCAAGCCAGUCUCGCCCUCAUUUGCAAAGACCAUGAUUAUUGAAAAUCUUCAAGAUCAGCAGGGUUUGUUAGAUGGAAAUGACACUGAAGAUUUCAGUGGAGCACCAUGUGCAGCAACUGCAUCUGAGGAUCCGGAGCUGUGCACGGUCAUGUUGUCAAAUGAGCCCAAUUGCCCUGUACAACUGGAUAUUAUCCUUGACAAACAAGGAAUCUUACAAGUUCCAACCCAAAGUGCCUGCACUAGUGCUACCAAGGAGCCACCAAAAAAGAAAGCCAAACUACAUGAAAAAGAACUUCUGACACUGAGAGCCGAAAAAGAGAAGUUCUUACAAGAAACAAUAACACUAUAAGAACAAGCGGAAUACUUCAGAACCAAAAACAUUAUUGCGAAAUUAGAGAAGGAAAAGUUAGAGAUUGAAAUACAAAUAUUAAGAAAGAAAUGUGUAACAUUCGAAGAAGAGUAGAAAUAAAUUAAAGUACAAAAUAGAAUUAUAUAUAUAAUGAAGAACAUAAGAUAGGCAUCUUUAAUGUGUUUGUAGUAAAGUUUCGAGAGAAUAUUAUAUUGUUUAAGGUUAGUGUUAGAAACCGUGUUUUAAAAUAUCAUAACUUUGGCAUAUUAAAAAAAAAUGUAACUCAUCUUCUAUACCCACCCGCGUACUUAUAUUUUUUUAUGUGUAAUUAUCUAAUUCUCAAUGAGGUAUAAUGUCUUCUUUGGUCUCUUAUGGUGUAUAUGAAGCAAACCAAUAUAUUCUAACCAGUAUAACUCUAGUCAGUUAUGUACUGAUAUUUCAUUAUGUUGAGUGCUCUUAUUAUAUCAGCAACAUAAUAUUAUGUGUCAUAGGCCUUUUAGGCCGGACAGUAAAGAAUAUUUUUGGGAUGAUUGUUUUCAUUCCACUAUAUCAUAUGACGUUUGACACCUUAAUAACAUUUUAUCUUAUCUCAUGUAAGUCACUGACCCGUAUAAUCUAUUUGGGAGUGUCUGUCAAUGGGUAUAGGGGUGUUUUUUGGUUGGGACAAUUUGAGAUGUAGAUUAAUAAAGCAGUGUAUUUAUUCAAAUUCUUAGUAAUGAGAUAUGAUUAAUUAAAGGGUUUUCUUUAAUCAAGAAAUGUAAGUGAAAUAAGUUAGUUUGACAAUAUAGAGAUAUCACUGAUAUAGACAAUAGGCAUUUUUAUGAUAAAACUCCUUGUGACUGAAGUACUUCAAACCAGAGUUCCGUAGAUCGAUAGUUACACCAACUUCAACAUAUAAAAUGUGUCCUAAGAGUCAUCCGGUACUAUGAUCAGUUAUGGAGAUUGCUGUAGUAUAUUUGUCUUUCCACCAUAACCUAUGGUGGUAGAUUAUGUCAAUAGCUAUGUUAAUUGCUAAGAUAUAUAAAUAAAUAAUACA